AUGAAUAUAACUAUUCGAGAAAUUCAAAUCAAAGUAGCACAACAUAUGAUACAACCAAAUAUGGAAAUCGAACAUUCAACAGUACGAAAUAUAAUGAUGCAAAUGAAUAUGGACGAAGGAAAAACGUCAGUUAUUUUACCAAUGUUAGCUGUUAAUUCAUCUUCGUCUAAUUCGAGUUUAGUUCAUAUUAUAGUACUAAAAUCAUUAUUUCCAACAAAUUAUCAAUCCUUACGAUGUAAAUUAGGUGAUUUACUUAAUCGACGAUUAUUGAAUUGUGAUAUUAUAUUGACACCACUAGAAGAUAUUCUCUCAUUUGAUUUACUCACUAUUGAUAAAUGUCGAAGAAAUGAAUUUGAUAUUGGUCGUUCUAUGUUAACAGUUCAACGAUUGUUAAAGAAAUAUGUUCAUGAUGUAUUAGAUGAAUCAGAUGAAAUUUUACAUGUUAAAUAUCAAUUGAUUUAUACUGUUGGUGGUCAACAACAAGUUGAUCGAGAUGCAAAACGUUGGAAAACUAUUCAAACAAUUCUUGAAUUAGUUAAAAAAUAUGCUGCCGAUAUUUCAAAAUGUUUCUAUGAAAAUAUUUGUUACAAACCAUCUGAACGAAAAAGUACAUUUCCACAAUUCCGUUUACAAUCAUAUGAACCAUUUCCAUUACUUUGUCAAAAAAUUGCAAAUGAUUAG